AGUCACAGUUCCGGUUGCCGGCGCAGGCGGAACCAAACAGUCCGGAGCUGUUAGCUCAGUUAGCUCAGUUAGCUCGGUCCAACAUGGGGGAGGCAGACGUGACGCUGAAUCAGACCGACGAGAAGCCUCCGGACUCGGGGCUGGGUGCCGGCGAGGACUCGGUGGUGUGGAGCCACGAGGUGGAGGUGUGUCUGUUCCACGCGAUGAUCGGACACAAACCCGUCGGUGUGAACCGUCACUUCCACAUGAUUUGCAUCAGAGACAAGUUCAGUCAGAACAUCGGCCGGCAGGUGUCGUCCUCCGUCAUCUGGGAUCACCUGGGAACGAUGUACGACAUGCAGGCUCUGCAUGAGUCGGAGAUCUUGCCGUUUCCAAACACAGAGAAGAGUUUCUCUCUACCUGAUGACAUCAUCCAGGAAGUUAAAGAAGGUAAGCUGGGCUCAGAGGAGGAGACCAAAGAGGAGUUCAGGAUGGAGAGAGAACCACCAGCUACACAUGAAGAAGGAAGUAACUCGUCUGUGAAGAUGUCAGAGCGAACGAGCAGCAGUCGGGACAAAGAGAGGGAGCGAGACAAGGAGAAGGGAGGGAGCGAGGGAGGAGCGUCAACAGGGGGAGGUGGAGGAGGAGGAGCAGGAGGCAAGGAGGCGGAGAAGAGGAAGAGGAGUCGAGCGGCCGAGAAGCUGCUGUCGUCUUCCAACCCGGCGAGUCCGGGCGGAGCCAAGAGGAGGCGCACCUGAGAGACGACGGACAGGAGAGAGACAGAGGGGGAGGAGGAGGAGGAGGAGGAGGAGGAGCUGCUCCAAGCUUUGUGUCACAUGACCCCCGGGCUGCAAACAGGAAGCAGCCGGGUGAGGUCGACUCGCGUUCUGUUCCUUCACGACAACCACCGCUUCGUCAUGUGGUCACAGCGGGAGGAAGUGACAUCACACUGAGUGUUUGUAAGGUCACGUGAUCCCGAGUGAUCCGACGUCUGACCACGGAGUCGCUCCAGGUUUUUUUUCAUCUUUCUUUUCUGUGAUUCGUCGUCUUAGAAACGGUGGGCGUGGCCUCACCGCGUUAAAGUUUAGUUUUCACGUCAGUGACGCUGCGAUGGACGGUUAAAAAAACAAAAGAUGAAAUCGACGCAGCAGAGACGGAAAUGAACUGUUGUUUGUUCAAACUUGGUGCCUACAUUACCCAGAAUGCAACAAUCCGCUCAGAGGCCCCGGGGUGUUGCGUUCGUCGCUCUGGCUCUAAAACUCGUGACUCGAGUGACGUCACACGUUUUUAAAGUUAGUCCCGUUUUCUCCGUAAAGAUUCAACGUGACCUGCCGUCGUUUGUUUGUUUGUUUUAUGUCGCAACAGGAAGUGACGACGAGUUAUCGAGACCAGAGCGACGCCUCGGCUCAUCAGCUGACAGGAAACAAACCUCCACAAACAGGAAGUGACGUCUUUUAUCGUCCGACUGUUCAACGAAACAAAACGCAAUAAAUCUCAGCCGUCUUUUAUUUUUUAAAGUUUGUCAUUUUUCUUUAGUUGUGAGGCGUCCGCGGCGUCUCUGUAGGGUCAGAGAACUUAGACACACAUGUAAAUGUUUAGUGUUUCAGCCUGUAGCUGAUUGGCUGAACCUUCAGACCGCCAAAAUAAAAUGUUAAAUUUUUCAAUGCCGUUUUAAUUUAUUGAUGUUUGAUGAGCUGGUGUGUGUGUGAGGCAGUUUGUGUCAUUAAAGAUGAACUCAGAUCA